CAUGUUGAAAAUAGCAUGCCGUAUGCGCGCUUGAAAGUGCCCAUAUCUUGGAAACCCAACCGCCAAGAAUCCUGAUCGUAGCAGCGGAGUACGUAGAGUGGGCGCCAAUGUACGUGUUCUAUUGUGCGCGUGCAUCGUGUAUCAGGCAACCAUCAAUGUUCCUGGUAGCAGUGUUUGGACCGUGCACUUCAAAGGAGCAUGGCACGGCAACGUUCAUCUGUCGCGGCAGUUGGAGAGGCCAAGUAGAACGACGGUACCGGUACCGAGGUCAUGAAACCAAGUCAACUGCCAACAAGCAGGUGGAGAUCGGCAGGGAAAAACCUAGUGCGGUGGAAAAACCGUGUCAAGUUGCACGGAAGUGCUUAAACCGAGUUUGUGGGAUACACGUCAGCGGCGAGGGUGGUAAGGUGAAUGUGUCAACACUUCGAUUCGUGCGACCAAGUGAAAAGCGGAAAAGCGUGAGGGUGCUGUCGGAGGAUGCCGCUCCCACCCUUGGCACAUCAAAACAGAAGAAUGCUUGCGGACUAAUCUGCCGAAUGAAGAAAGAGAUGGAUAGGUUGAAUCAGAAGGAGGAUGAGAUAUGGAUACAGAAAGUCAAGUGUGGAUAGG